AUGCCCAAAUUCCAUCAGAUUGCCAUCGCAAAGAAUGAAUUGUAUCUCGAGAAUGUCCUCCAGGCUGGUCAGGCGUUCAGAUGGGUUUUUAACGAGCUGAAGAACCAUUAUUCUUCAACUAUGAAGAUUGGAGACCGAUACUCAAUCGUUAUUUUAAGACAACCGUCCCCUGAGGUGGUGGAAUACGCAACGGUUGAUGAUGGUUGCAAUCACAGUGUCUUAAAGGAGCAUUUGAUGAGGUAUUUCAGGUUGGAAGUUUCGCUUGAAGAGCUACAUUCGAAGCAAUGGCUGCCAAACGACUCCAGAUUUGCAAGUUUCAAGCCUAAAGGAGUACGAAUGCUUGCACAGGAGCCCUGGGAAACGCUGGUUUCGUUCAUUUGCUCCAGUAACAACAAUAUUUCGCGAAUUACCAGGAUGUGCCAUAGUCUAAGUGCAAACUACGGUAACGAGGUGGGGAGUUUUGAGUCUCUCGAUUACUACUCAUUUCCUACAAGUGACGAAGUUGCAGCCAGGGCCACUGAGGAUGAGUUGAGAAGUCUUGGGUUCGGUUACAGAGCCAAAUUCAUAGUCGAGACGGCUAAGAAGAUGGUACGAGACAAGAAAGAGCACGGUUUCUCUGACGAUACUAAGUUUCUGCAAUACCUGCAGUCACGCAUGACAUAUGAGCAGAUGAGAGAGCAUCUUAUGAGCUAUACCGGGAUUGGGCCAAAAGUGGCUGAUUGCAUAUGCUUGAUGGGUCUCCAUAUGGACGAAGUUGUGCCAGUGGAUGUCCAUGUAGCGAGAAUAGCUAAGAGGGAUUACCAAUUUCAGGCGCGUAAGAUCGAUGUCAAGGAGUUGGCGAAGAAGUACCACUGCAUGCCACUAACAAGAAAAAAGAUCAACUUGGAGCUUGACCUGAUACGAAUGAUGUUCUUGAAAAAAUGGGGUGGUUAUGCAGGCUGGGCUCAAGGUGUAUUGUUUUCUAACGAAAUCGGUAAGACCAGUGGAGCAACCUCAGAUGGAGUUAUAAAAAGGCGGAAGUUGGAAGUGAAGUCCGACGCCGUUAUGGCAGAAAAUGCGACGGUAAAGGCAGAAAUUAAGAAGGAAGUUUAUAAUGUUGCAUAUGAGACCGAGGAAGUACAGUACAGUAACCGAGGAAGGCCGAAAAGAAGGGCAGUAUCACAGCUGAAAGUAGCGGCUUACGCUGAAUGA